AUGUCGAUCGUGAACAAACCAGCAGCUGACAAGGAUGAGUGUCAUUUAACUGUACUUUCACAAUCAUUUGCAGAUGCAAUGCCAGUGUACUCUACAAGCAACAGCUUCUGGGAUGCUUUGGUAUUACAGCAACAACAGCUAGGCCAAACCCACCAUACGCUCAACAAGCCCAUUGGAAACAUAUCACAAGACAUUCAUCACGAGUACAACCCUGAUGCAGCACUGUUGGCAGUAAGCGCAUCUCAACAACUGGGAAUACAUGAUUUGAUUACAGCCCCGAAUCUCUCCUUAUUUAUGCCAUGCCAUCAGAGAAGCGUAAUUAAGGAUGAUGUUUUUUUAGCACAGCCCUCCAGUCAUCAUGUCGAGAUAGACGAUAACGCCUCACUUAGUAGCCUUUCGACCUUAUCCUCAUUUCAGCCGUCAGUGACCUCUCCUUACUGCCUGUCUCCCGUCAGUUUGCCUACUCAUUUCUUGUACAACCAUGAGCCAUUAUUUGAAGGCGGCAUCAUAGAAACUGACGACAGACCCGUAUUGGACUAUGAUGGAGGAGACGAAGAAUAUGGCGAUUUCUCAUCAGCAAUGACUGGAUCAGCAAUGACUGGGUCAGCAUCAAAACAUCAGGAGCAGCGCUUAUCGACUAGUGAAGAUCUGGAUUGGCUUAAGCUCUUGGAUGCUUUUCAUGCAGAUGUGGCCAGUGACAUACUUGCUUCUUCUGAAACAGCUGUGGGGGAUGAUAAGGAUGGCCCCGGCCUCAGUGACCUUGCUAGUGAGAGUGGUUUGGAUGAUGUGUUCUCAAAUGAUACCGUUCUUGGAUCAACAAACAAUAAGCGCAAGCGUGUAACCAAAGCUCAGUCGUCAACACCAGCAAAGGCAGCAGUAGCGAAAAAGCCUCGUCAAAAGCGCCAAAGAAAGAUCAAGCUCACUGUCAAGAGACAGCUCAAAAUGAAAGAGCACGAGGAUAAUUCAGUGGUAGUUUUAAACGAUGCUGAGUCUAUCCAGAAACCAACUAGCAGCAGUGACAAUAAUGAAUAUGAUGAUAUGGAUCAAAACAAAGAGAUACAAAACUAUCAUCAGCUGACAGAUAGUGUUAUGAGCGAUGGCAACAGCACAGUGUUUCAACAGUUGACAGAUGCGAAUGUGGACUGGUGUAGAUAUUGCGGCACUACAGAAGGUGUAAAUUGGAGACCUGGACCAUGGGGCAAGCGUACGCUCUGCAAUAAACAUGGAUGUGAUUAUAAGGGAUACGGUCUCGCAAGUCGUUUGCCCCGAUUGGACUUAUCGUCCUACAUGGAUGAAAAGAUAGAAGAUCGUAUUCGUCCUAUUGUUCAGGAAUUUUGCUUGGUGUGCCAAUUUCCGAAGCAAACAGAUAGCAAUCAGUUGAUUCAUUGUCAAGGUGGAUGCUCUCGUGCGUACCAUCGGCUCUGUCGCAAGCCCUCAAUCACAGUCAACCCUUCUGUGCGUUGGUAUUGUGGUGCAUUAUGCAAGGAGAAUCGUAAGCUUAAGAAAGUUGUUGUAGAAAUACCUCGCAGCUAUAUGCCUUUAAUGCAGUCGUUCCCAACAAAAUCAAAGAAGAAGACAACAGCCUGA